AUGGGUCUCAUAAUGGCAAAAUUGUUUCGGAGUUGGUGGGCCGGCAAAAGUAGGUCGAUUGAGAGGAGAGAGACGGAGAAAUGGCGAGUUUUCAGAGUACAAAAUCAUAGUGGUCGGACUGGAUAAUGCGGGCAAAACGACAAUUCUGUAUAAUUAGUGAGUUUGGAAUGCCCGUUCGGAUCGGCCUUUCUGUUUUCAGUGUGACAAAGGAUCAAGUGGAGACGAAGCCGACGAUCGGGAGUAAUGUCGAAGAGGUCUCGUUCCGGAAUCUCGACUUCGUCAUCUGGGACAUUGGCGGUCAGGAGAGUCUCCGCAAGUCGUGGGCCACGUACUACGUGCAGACGGACGUUGUGAUCGUCGGUACGAUCAGGAAACAGUCGGAAGAACUUUCAAUCCGUUUUCAGUGAUUGAUAGCUCCGACUCGACACGUCUGCCGAUUAUGAAAGAGCAACUGCAUCAGAUGCUUCAGCACGAGGUUCCACUCCUUUCGCACUUCCCUAAUCUCCGCGCAUUCGUUUCAGGAUCUCGCCCGGUCGCACAUUCUGGUGCUCGCCAACAAACAAGAUCUUCCGGGAGCGCUAAAUCCCGGAGAAGUUUCCACUCAACUGGGUCUCCAGCAGUUGCGCGGUCGGAAGUGAGUUGGCAAAUGGUUCUGUCACGAGAAUACGUUGAUUGCAGGUGGCAGAUCAAUGGGUGCUGCGCCACGAAAGGAGAAGGACUGCCCGAAGCGCUGGAGUGGAUUGCCAACAACUUGUGA